AUGAUGGUCAAACGCAGAAUGAGAGGCCUGUGGAUAUUCGGUUCAAUCGUGGCGCAUUGGACUCUAUGUUUUGGCACAUUUUUGUGUGACUUCGACUAUCCAGAGGACUUGCUCAGCAACAAUGCGUUUGCCGUGUGUAACAUGGACAUCGGAUACACCGGCUCCGCAACUCUUAUAUGCCCGCGCCAGGUCAACGGCACCGAAUACGUGUGGCAUCCUCAACCAACCUCUGGUGAUACCGCCCAUCUCAGUGCAUACGUCAGUGGCAAUGGCAAAUUACGCGUCGUCGCACUCUCAAACGUAGUGGUAACCGAUGAACCAGUUUCCAUUGUUUCGGUGCGGUUGAACCCGUACCAAACUCGACUGAUUUUCAGCCUACGGGAAGACCAAAUAUAUGCCAUCACCGAACACCAUUCAAUAUUCAUUUGCGGUCCACGAGAUUUGGUUUUUAGUGACACUCUGCAACUUCACCUUGACCGCAUGAACAGUGUCGCCCAAAUGCAAGCACUUCCUUGGACAGCAGAAACUCCGUUGAUCAACGAGAUUAAACAACUAGGUAAGAGCAUAGGUGCAGUUUUCAUGUACAGAGGGCACGUACACAUGCCAAUUCACGGGUGCGGAAGCCGUCCUUCUCCAUUGUUUGCCGCGGACGUGGUGACUGUAGACCCCGUCACAGGUGCACGCUCAUGUGUGGUGGAUCCUAUGUCAAAAACGCGUAUAGGAUUUGUUUGUGAAGGUCGUGUAGAACCUGAUGAUUGCCUGAAGUCACUCUUGGAUACGAAUGGCGAUGUUGUGAGUGCGCCUCUACCAGAUUAUUACUGGAAUAUCGAAAACUUCAGACCGUGGGUGAUUGCACAAUACAUUAAUGAUCUAGCGUUACCUGAAUUCACUGGCGAAUGCAGGUGCAUCGAUCCUGAAACAAAACAGAUGAAGGCGAGGAUAGAGAUACGUUCGAACACCGAGUACGUUUGUGACAUUGCAAACAUGAUCUUUCGCAAUCGAGUGCGCCCUAUAAUUGGCCCUUGGUGUUCGGUUGUACUUCACCCUGGCAGUACGUUGACCAUACGGUUCCCAUCAUACGGCAUCGCCUCAAAUUCUUCCGAUAUACAACCAGAAAUAAGUGGCGACAAAGAUUACGAAACGGAUACCGACGAGAGCGUUCCGACUGUAGCCUUGUCACAACUGCCUUCCAUCUAUGAAUACGAAUUCGAAUUCCUGCCCAAAGAGAUGAUAACUCUGCGUCAACUUAAAUCAGCGCAUUACACUGAUCUAUAUGACGAAGUCUCGUACGAAGAGGCACUUGCUGGCGAUGCGCUCGAGUUGGAUGUUUCACAAAUGGCCCAGGGGGAGGUAAAACUGAAAUACCGUAUGGACAAACCUCUCGCAUUACGAAGUGGAAAGAAUUUAUUCGUUUAUCAUUGGACGCUGGGUUCGAAAAAUACGUACGUCUUGGAGAGGAUAAGGGCAGCCGUGAAUGUAUCAUUCGCAUUUACGCAUCGCUACAAUAUCAUUGGUUGCGACAGAAGUACACAAAGCGUCUUCAACCAAGAUAUCAGUGAGGAAUUUUGUUCUGCCAGCGUUAUGAAACACGCUGCAGGGGAUAUAUACGAAUGCGUGUACGAUGGUAUGCGAGACGGCAGGCAGACCGGCAUCCACUGCGAAACAGACGAGGAGCUGCUACCUGGAAACUGUGACUCCACAGGAUACGACUUGUACUCCAAUCAGAUUGUACCAUUUCCAGCAUCCAUAGGAAAAGCGACGCCAUUUCCCAUUCCAGGAUUUCAGGUGUUCGACUUUGAAUCCCACAACAUUAGUGCUCUCAGUUUUGUUUGCAGCUGCGUCAACCAACUCGGAUACGAAACUUCCAGGCUUGUUAUGGAGCGGAAUCAUCACGAAACAUACCGCUAUACAGUACGUCGUGAAGAGCCGCAUCACACGUUGGCUCCGUACUUACUGCUGCCUUGGCAUGAAGUGGCCGUAUCAAGUGAUGAAUUAAAGUUAUCACGACCGAUCGUGAUAUUCAACACAUCGUCGAAGUCUAUUGAACUGAAUGUGGGCACGACGCUAUGGUUAGGCUGCGUUCGAGAUGCAGAGGUCAUCGUCUUUGACGAAAUGGAGAACGUUGAAGAUGCCAGUGACAUAAGAACGACAUGGCUGCCAAAGCAUCCUGAGAUGUUCUACUACACACUUAAUGACACGGCAUAUGGGCGUGAGCUUAUCCGUAUGAAAUACAAUAACACUUUUGUAACUACCCCUAGAAGUUUGGAAGUCACAUACCAAGAAGUUAAUGCAGCCGGUGGAUAUCAAAUCAUAAUAAUAGAUUUGAAUAAACGCGCAAUAUUUAUAUCUAAGGAUCCAAUGAACAAGAAAUUUGUGCCUAUGACGUUCGUUUGUGGUAAGGCACUUCAAAUAUCGGAUUUGUCGAUCGUCACUACCAACGCGGCCGCUUCGGAAGCAGCUUCACCAAACGAUCUUCAAACAAUAGGAUCGUCAGCGCGAUACACUUGGAAUGUCGUUGAGAUCUCGGUUAAGACCACUGACCCGUACAUGCACGGCUGCGGUGUUACCUACGAAUCGAUUGAGCUUUUCAAGCCCGAGACGCCCGAACUCUACGACGAUUCCGGACGACAAAUCGGUUGCAAAAUAGACAUUCAGGCUGCGGGCGAGGCAGCAUUCUACUGCCCAGCACCGUACGUCCUGGAUCCACCCAACUGCUUCGAAAAAGUAUUAAUGGGGGGUAUAAUCAUGAAUGUGAAAGAUAUAAGCAAGUCGCUGAUUGCGUCAGCAUCUAAUCACUUUGUUAUCCUGCGGUUCGACAGUGAACUCAUAGGAUCCGGGGAGACCCUGCGCCAGAAACCUCCAUUGGAGUGCCAGUGCGUCACCACCAAGGGUAUCGUCCUGUCGACCAUACAGAUUAAAAACUACUACGCCUAG